AUGAGGAAACGAGCACACGUCACAGAACCCUUUGAACAACAUGAUAGUGGGUUUAUGGAACCCAUGCAAAUGUUUAAAACAUUUCCACACAAUGAUACAUUUGUUGACAACCGUGUUUUUACGUUAAAUGCGAACCCCGCUGAGACGACAUCUGAUGUGUAUACAUUUGUACAUCACAAGCAAGAUUACGGUAUUUUAAAUCUAGAAGAUGCAACAAUUUGAGCAACAAUUAGUCUUAAAGUGAAUAAUGGUGCAAAUCUUGGCGCCGAUCAAAUUGUUACCGUAAACCCUUUACCGUUACGUACAGCAUGGAAAACAAAAGAAAUAUUUUUUAAUAAUCAAGUGGUAAAUACAAUAUCAACGCAGGAAAAUGAGCUUGCCUACAUAGAUCAUUUACUUUGUGAGGUACCCUCAGGUUAUUUGCCGGAAAAGGAAGUUAAUCUUGCCAUUCACGACACGCCAGGUCAUUUUGAUUCAAUUGUACACCUCAACGAUGCUACUGAAGACACUUUAGUAAAAAAGGUGCAAUGA